AGCUGAUAAUUAAUUGUAUCUUCAAUUUCUUCAAAUACCCACCUUCACUUUUCCACGUUAGGGUUUCUUCCCUAAAUUGAAUUUCAAUUUUCCGGCCGAUCCGAUCCGAUCGGAAAAAUGCACACCAAGACGGACUCCGAUGCCACCAGUCUAGCGCCGUCGUCGCCGGACAACACUCGCCGGCCGGUCUACUACGUCCAGAGUCCUUCGCGAGACUCACACGAUGGGGAGAAGACGGCGACUUCAUUCCACUCCACUCCAGUUAUCGGCAGCCCCAUGGGAUCUCCGCCGCACUCUCACUCCUCCGUCGGCCGCCACUCGAGAGAGUCCUCCACCAGCCGCUUCUCCGGCUCGCUGAAGCCUGGAUCCAGGAAGAUUUCCCCCAACGAAGCCGGCGGCGGCGCCGGCGGGAAGAGCCGAGGGCAGAAGAAUUGGAAACCGUACGAUGUGAUUGAGGAGGAAGGACUAAUCGACGGCGAGGAAUCGAGGAAAGGCUUGCCUCGUAGAUGCUAUCUUCUGAUUUUCGUCGUCAGUUUCUUCGUUCUGUUCUCGUUCUUCGCGUUGAUUCUGUGGGGAGCGAGCAAGCCUCAGAAACCUAAGAUCACCAUGAGAAGCAUCACUUUUGAGAGGUUUGUGAUUCAAGCUGGUACAGACGACACGGGCGUGUCGACAGAUAUGAUCUCUGUCAAUUCCACGGUGAAGUUCACUUUCCGCAACACGGCUACUUUCUUCGGUGUUCAUGUUACAUCGACUCCUCUAUCGCUCUCCUAUUCGCAGCUCGCCGUUGGAUCCGGAAAUAUGAAGAAAUUUCACCAAUCGAGGAAGAGCCAGAGGACGGUAGCGGUGUCGGUGAUGAGCGACAAGAUCCCGAUGUACGGUAGCGGGCCGAGUUUGAGCACGUCGACCGGGAUGGUUGCGUCGCCGGUGCCGUUGAAAUUGGAGUUCACGGUGAGAUCGCGGGCUUAUGUGUUGGGGAAAUUGGUGAAGACGAAAUUCCACAAGAGCAUCGAGUGUUCGGUGGUGUUCGAUCCAAAGAAACUCAACACGGCCGUGUCUUUGAAGAAUUCUUGCACUUACGGGUAACUAUGGGAUGAAGUUUUGAUGUUGUUGUUGUUGUUAAUGGUUUUUGCAUAUUUUGUUUUUAAGUAUAUUAUUUGAUUGAUUGAGUUCGUUUCUGCUGAGUAAAAGUUUAUUCACGUGUUGUUCAUUUUGGUACAUAAUAAUUGUACAGAUUUAUAUACUAAUAUUUUUUAAGUAUGUUGUGCUAAUGUCGAUUUGUAUUAUUAAUUGUUGUACG